ACGUACUAUAGAGGUCGCGAAAUGCGGAGAAUCGGAAUCAUUUAGUUGUUGAAUUUCGUGGCGGUAGUGUGUAAUAAAUUGUGACAGAUGUCUCUAUAAUCGUAUUCGCGAGGACGAGUUUUCCCAAACUAAAAUAUAACCUCACGCUGAAAUAAAACAUUGGAAAAUCAUUAAAUAUUGUUUCUGUUGUACAAAGCUAUUUUUAACAAUAAAUAAAAAUGCUAAAUUCUUCUAUGAAUGACCGUGAAAGUCAAUGCCAAAGUUUGGAUGACUUCACUAAGAAAAUACACCAAGAAAUUGUUGAAACCAUUUCUACGUUAAAUUGGACCAUAGAAAGUAUAGAAACCGACAAUGAUAAUAUGCUGGUUUGUCCGUACGAUUCAUCUCAUCAAGUUAGUAAAAAGAUGUUAUAUCAACACCUGGAAUGCUGUCAGUUGAAACAUGAAGGUUACGAUGAAUUUGAUAUUCCACUGCCUGAAUCAUGUUUACCAUUAAACUCAUAUUCCUCAAUAAAAUUAGAUUCACAAAUGCAAAACAGCAUUUUACAAAAAGCAAAGGAGAAGGAUUCAACUUUGAAAAUUGGUUUGGGUGAACGAUUAAUUCCAAGAACGUCCAACAGAAUCUUCACAGAUUUUACUUGUGAUGAAAGGAAAAUUUUAUAUGAUUAUGUUAUAUCAAAUACAGUGAAGCCUGACAUUGGACAUGAUAUUACAGAUAUUCAGAAAUUGAAAAGCCAAGAUAAAGAAGAUAAGAAAUUAUCCUUUUUGGAGUUGCUUAUACAAGAACGUAAUUUAAAAAGACGACGGGCUAAGCACAGAGGUGUGCAUACAAAUAAAAAGUCUCACAUAGAAGUUCUCAGGGAAGUUAUACAACAGCAAAUGGAGUUAUAUAUAGAUUAUAUAACAGAAGCACAUGCAACUAAUCGCGAUACGAAUACUACUACCGAAAUUCAAAGUUCCAGUAAUAGUCUUAGCGAUACGAUUGAUGAAUUUCCAUUAAAAUGCAACGACGUCUUUAUAGAAAAUACGCAGAAUCAUCGCGGACAUUCCAGUUCUCAGUAUAAUAAGAAAUAUGAAUACUUUGAGAAACAAUAUACUACUUGUCCAAAAGAUUCAAAACAAAGAGAAAGUUCACGAAUUACAACUGAAUCAAGGAAAGCGCAAAAGCUUCAUAAACAUAAGAGAUCUCAUUCGAGGGAACGUGAUCAUGAUAGAAAAAGCAAACAUGGUUCUACACGAACGCAUCAUAAGAAAUCUCAUAAGAGUGAUAAGUCAUUUGAUAGCAACACCUCCAAACGAAGUAACGAUCGCCGAGAAAAAUUAAUAUUAUAACUGUUAAAUUUGUAUCGUUAUUGAUAUUAAAGGAUUUUCUGUAUAAAUAAUGAUACAAACCCUAA